AUGUGUGCUAAGAAAGGGUUGAGGCAAGGUGACCCCAUUUCACCACUUCUUUUUGUGGUAGUAAUGGAGUACUUACAUAGAAAACUCAAAGAUCUCCAUUCUGUCCCCAAUUUUAAAGCCCACAAUAAAUGUAAGAAAGCUGGUAUUGUGGAGGUGAGUUUUGCUGAUGACCUCCUUUUAUUCUCUAGAGGGGAUAAGCAGUCUGUGCAGUUGAUGAUGCAGAAGUAUGAGGAGUUCUCAAGAGCUACAGGUUUGGUUGUUAACCUUGCCAAAUGCAAAGUGUAUUGUGGUGGUAUGAACAAGGAGCAGGAGGAAAGCAUUGCUGAAAUAAUUGGGUUUAAGGUUGGAUCCUUACCAUUUAAGUAUCUUGGGAUCCCCUUGGAGAGCAAGAGAUUAUCCAAUAACCAGUGUGCUUUGCUUGUAGAGAAAAUUGGCAGGAAAAUCAACCAUUGGUCUGCUCAAAUGCUUAGUUAUGCAGGGCGUAAAGACUUGAGCAGCAGAAGAGCUCUUAUUGCUUGGAGUAAAAUUUGUGAAUCAAAAAAGCAUGGAGGACUUAAUGUGUUUGAUCUGGAAAGAUGGAAUAACACUUGUUUAAUGAAGCUACUCCGGAAUCUUAAUCAGAAGGUUGAUAGCCUUUGGGUGAGAUGGGUGCAUAGCUACUACAUUAAGAGUAGCAAUGUGAUGAUUGUACCUGUUAAAGCUAGCUGCUCAUGGAUUCAUCGUGCGAUUCUUCACCAGAGACAGAAGGCACAAGAGCAGGAUAAUUGGAAUAGGGCCAUACAAGAUAAUAGGUUCUGCAAGGAGAAAGUUUAUCUGGAGCUUGGCAAUGUUUCGCAGCCAGUUUCAUGGAGGAGAAUUAUGUAUGGUAAUGAUGCUCGUCCUCGAGCCAUUUUCACGACAUGGAUGGCGUGCCAUGGAAGGUUGGCUACUAAGGAGCGUCUUGUCUGCUUUGGGAUACUGAACAGUGCUGAGUGUGUGUUUUGUACAGGUGUGGAAGAUAUUCAGCAUCUCCUUUUUUAG